AUGGUUACUCCGCUGAAAGGAAGCUGGGAAAGAAGCCAACAGGGGCUGUAUCAGGAGCCGGAGCCAGAGCUGAGGCUUCUCCUCUUGGGGAGGAGUGGUGCGGGGAAAAGUGCCCCAGGAAACAUGAUUCUGGGCAAAAUUGUGUUUGUGUCCAGAUGUAGUGGCCAGAUGGUGACAAAAACGUGCCAGAGAGCGAGGGGGGCCACAAGAGGGGGGAAGGUUGUGGUCAUCGACACCCCCGACAUUUUCUCCUCAAUCUCUUGUGCUGAAGACAAGCAACGCCAACUGAAAGCUGCUUGGAGCCUCCACGUGCUGCUGCUGGUAAUUGCCAUUGGCCGUUACAAGGUGGAGGACAAGGAGGCAGUCACGGGCAUCCACAAGCUGUUUGGAGCCGAUGCCAAGAAGUACAUCAUUACCGUUUUCACUCAGGAGGAUGAUUUGGAGGGUGACGCACUGCAAGCUUACGUCAGUGGGGAGGGGUACCUCCCGGAGCUGGCUGAAAACUACGGAGGCCAAAACUGUGUUCUGACCAACAGGGCAAGCGAGGAGGAGCCCAGUCAGGUGAGGGGACUCCUGUGCCGGGUCCAGUAUUUGUUGCAUGAAAAGGGAGAUUAUAUGAAUGAAGACGACCAGAAGGGGGACAAGCCACUUGGUAAGAGGGAGAAGCCGCUUCAGGCCCCAGGAUGUGAGCUGAACCCUGGGCCACCGGAGCUGAAGGUCCUGCUUGUAGGCAAGCGUGGAGCCGGGAAAAGUGCAGCCGGGAACAGCCUUCUGGGGAAUCGAGUCUUUAAGACCAAAUUCAGCGAAGGGUCAGUCACCCAGAGGUUUGUGUCUGAAAGCAGAAUCUGGAGAGAGAGGAGAGCUGUGAUCACUGAUGCUCCAGACAUCUUGUCUUCAAGGGACCUUAAAGCAGAGCUCCAGAGACCUGCCCUUGGGUGCCCCCUCACCUUCCUGCUGGUGAUGAUGCCGCUGGGCUCCUUCACCGAGAAAGAUGAGGCAGUCCUGGACGCCAUGGCCAGAUUCGGAGGCAAAUUCGUGAAGCACCUGAUCAUUCUCUCCACCAGGAAAGAAGACCUCGGGGAUCAGAAUCUACGGAUGUUCCUGAAACACAGAAAUAAAGCUCUCUACAACCUCACUGACAUGGGCAGUGACCGGUACUUCGUCUUCAACUACCGAGUGACAGGGGAAGAGGAGCAGCGCCAGGCGGACGAGCUCCUGCAAACAGUUGUGGGACUGCAACAGAAUGGGGGCAGGCCCUGUAGCUUUAGAGGGGAAGAGACCCUGAGCAUUGUGCUGGUGGGGAGGAGUGGCACUGGGAAGAGCGCCACCGGGAACACCAUCCUUGGGAACCCCGACUUCCGCUCUCAUUUCCAAGCACAGGCAGUGACCUAGACGUGCCAGAGCAACAAGAGGAUGUGGGGCAGGCUGCAGGUGGUGGUUGUGGACAUGACUUCACUCUACCUGAUGACCAGUGCCGAGGGAGGUCUGUCCCACCUGGAGGAGGAGGUCAGAGGCUGUUUGUCCUGCUGUGAAGAAGGGAACAAGGUUCUGGUCCUGGUGUUCCAUCUGGGAUGGUUCACUCAGGAGGACAAAAGGGCAGUGAAGGACUUGGAGAGCAUUUUCGGAGAGGAAGUACACGACGUGCUGUUCACUUGGAAGGAAGACCUUGAGUCAGGGGACCUCGAAGAGUAUGUCCAGAACACAGAUAACAAAAGUCUUAAGAACAUCAUUAAAAGGUGUGUGUGUGGCGGGGGUGGAGUCUGUGCUUCUAAUAACAGAGAAAUGGGCCAAACCAGGGAAAACCAGGCAACAUAUCUUCUGGAAAUGGCCGAUAAGCUGAUAAAGAACCAUGGAGGUAAGCGGUCGGAUGUCACCACCGUGAACUGUUCUGUGUGUGCUCUGAGGACACGGUCUGUCAUCUGUUACUGCUUUUUGAAGGUUACCUACACUGGAAACAGUGACACACUCCAUUGA